AUGUCUAUUCCAAACUUCGUCGUUAAUAAUCUUUCAGCGGUUCAAGGUAAAAGAAUAAAGAUAGUCGGAGGUAUAGACACAUCUAUAGAAGAAUGCCCAUAUCUGACAUCGCUUCAACACGAAUCCAAUAAUUUACAUUUAUGCACUGGCUCAAUAAUAGCUCAUCAAUAUAUUCUCACGACGGCUCAUUGCGUUAUGGAGCCCUUCGUGUCAUUCAAGGACCUAAGAAUUCAUGUGGGUACAAACAAUACUUCCAGUGGAAAAGGGUUAUGGUAUCUCCCUGAGAAGUAUUUUUCCCAUCCAAUGUUCUCUAUUACAAAAAAUGAAAAGGUCAAGCACGCGAAUGAUAUCUCGAUUAUCAAGCUCUAUGGAUAUAUUGAAUUUAACAAGUAUCAAAAUAAAAUUAAUCUUCCAACCACAAAUAUCUUAACUGCCGAAAUAGGCACAAUCAGUGGUUGGGGAGCAAAUACCUAUCCUUCGUAUUAUGCUUCCAAUAUUCUUAAGAAAGUAAGUAUGACGACGAUUGAUACUGACAACUGCCAAAACUAUGUUCCAUUUGCUAUUAAUAGCGAUCAGUUUUGCGCAUAUUAUAAGAAAGGAUCGGGCCCGUGCAUAGGUGAUAGUGGCGCUCCAUUAGUUAAAGAUUCUACUACACUCAUAGGUAUACUUACUCUGAGUAUUCCAUGUGGCACAGGUGCGCCAGAUCUGUAUACAAACGUUUAUAACCAUCUGGGUUUCAUUAAAUCUGUUUUACGGGAGGAUGACUAAGCAGAUUAUGUUCAUUGUGUAUAUCUAAACAAUAAAGUUAACCUAUUCUUCGAGACGUUACGAUUAGUUUAUUGGAAAAACACUAUACAAUAUAGCAUAAUAUAUUU